UUUAUAUAGCGUUCGCCGUAUCCUGAUUGAGAAUCGAUUCAUAACAAGGAUUAAGGAAAUAUCUAGGAAAUCAUAACUCACAACAAAAUGGGGAUUGACAUAAAAGCUUGUCUGACUGCCCGAGGCUAGUGAAAACCCAGUUCUGUACAAGUGAAACUCAAUACACCCUUAUCCACUGGGACAAGCACCUACUGAUUGUUUGAGAAGAACAGACCUAACUGUGUGUAGAGAUGAAUACUGAUAACCUGGACGGUGCUGACGAUGGAAAGAAGCGGGAUCUUCUCGGGAAAAAGCGGGACUCCAAAAAGGGACAGAAGGAUCAGGGAUACGUCAAAUUCGACGAAGAGGACUCGGAUACAUCUCAGCUCACUGCCGAGGAAGUCAAAAGUCCUUCCAAAGCCAAAAAGUCCAAGUCGUUCUUCAAAAAGCAGAAACCAAAGGAUGAGAAGAAAGACAAGGAUGGAAAGAAGGAUGAAAAAGAAAGAGAGAAGGAGGGAAAGAAGGAGGAGAAAGAAGGAAAGAAGCAUAAGAUGAAAGGGAAGAAGAAAGUCAAACAGGAAGUCCAACCUCCCAGUGAACCAGUUGAGGACAUCAAGCCUAUUUUUGGAGUGCCGUUGUCGGUUGCCGUGGAGAGGAGCCCGAGUCAUGAUGGCGUAGAGCUGCCCCGCCUCUUCCGAGAGUGUGUUGACUAUAUCGAGGAACACGGUCUGUCCUGUGAAGGGAUAUACAGAAUCUCGGGAGUCAAGUCUAAGAUACAGGCGUUAAAGGACUGCUAUAAUCGCAGGGCACCUGUCUACCUCGAGGAACACGAACCCAACAUCAUUGCCAGCCUCCUCAAGCAGUUCCUCCGAGAACUCCCGGAACCCGUGCUGACAAAGAACCUCAUGUCCAAGUUUGAAGAAGCUUCAGUGGUGCGGGGAGAGAUUGCCAGGUGUGAAGCUUUCCGUCGACUAAUUAAUGAACUUCCUAGCUGUAACAGACAGCUGUUGUCGUGGAUGAUUGUACACAUGACCCACGUCAUUCAGAGGGAGAAGGAGAACAAAAUGAGCCUGCAGAAUGUGUCCAUUGUGUUGAGUCCCACCAUGCAGAUCUCGCAUCGAGUUCUCAACGUGUUGUUCCAGACCUCCAGCAAGCUAUUCUCAGAUGUAGAAAUCAAAAAAUACAAACCUCCCAUUAAGCCCACCACCUCUCGCUGGUCACUAGAACUCCCAGAAUCCCUUGCUCAGAUGCAGGAAGAGCUACAGAAGCAGGAAUCCUUGCUGAAUGCACUCCACGCUGAGAUCAAUGCAGGCUCAACAGACCAAGACAAAGAAGAGCAGCUGUGGGAGGUGCAACGCAUCGUUACUCAACUCAAACGAAAGAUAAAACAAAUUCAGAAAGGAACCGCGGAAAGAAAAAUGAAAGAAGAAUCGAGACCCCCUACUGUCACAGAAGAUGAGGAACUCAAACUUGAUCUACAGGUGCCAGUCAAACAACAAGCCCCACCUCCACCAGACCAAACUCUUUCCACACAGGAAGAAGCUCCACCCACAGAGCAACAUGUUCCACCCACAGAGGAACAAGCUCCACCCACAGAGCAACAUGUUCCGCCCACAAAAGAACAAGCUCCACCCACAGAACAACAUGUUCCACCUACACAGGAACAAGCUUCAGAUGUGGAACUGCUAUCCACACAGGAACAAGCUCAUCCUUCAUCAAAGAAGGAUAUGUCUAGUUCUCGGCAACUUUCUCCCCACGAUCUAGCCAAUCAGGAGGAGGAUAACAAACAGUCAGCUGAUAUUUAUCCAGGAGCCAAUCAGGAACAAGAAAAAGACUCAACUGAAACAGUCAUGUCCAGUCAGAACGAUACAACACUCUCCAGCUCACAACCAGAGGAGAAAUUUGUUGAAGAGGUAAAAGAAGCAGGUGAUGAUCCAAUGACUGAGACCACUAGAGUCUCAGAGGCUGAUGUCAGAGAUAAGACUGAAAUCAAACACGAUGUUGUUAAUGAUGAAGAAUCCAAAGAGCAAACAGAGAAAGAUAAAAUGAAGAAUGACGAUGUCCUAGAGAGGAAUGGGGAAAUUGAGAAUACAAAGGAAAAGGUACAAGAUGAGAAGGUCUGGAAAAAAAAGAAUACCAGAGAUCUAGGAUCUGAUCAACCGAAUGAGGUGGACCCAGUAGUUUUAUCGGUGAAGGAACAGGAUGAGUCUUCUGAUGACCAGUUUGAAAACACCGCAGAGGAAAUUCUAGAGGCAGAAAGGGGCGUGACGCACACUUGGACAGAUGAGAGUGAGACUUGUGUAACGGAUCAGGAGGAAGGAAGGUCACAGGUAAAGAGAGGUCAACAGAGGUCAGGUGAUGAGGGGUCGAAGGAGGAUGACGAUGAGGCGGCUGUGAAGAAAGACGAACAGACUCCAGAUGAAACAGACGGAGAACACAUACUGAGCCAAAUGUCUGAACUGGAAGAAAGCGACCAGGAGUUUGUGUACGAUGAUGAGAUGAUGCAGCUUUUGGAUGAAGAACAGGCUCUUAUACUAGAGGAGGAGGAGCUUUUAGCUAUAGAAAGAGAACUCAGAAAGAAGAUUGAGACAGAGCGUCACGAGGCUGAGAGAUUGAAUCAAGAAAUCGAUGAGCUCAAAUACCUCCGACAGGACUCAGAUUUAGAGGAGUACAGCUCGGAGUCAGAGAGCAGCUACGAAAGUGAGGAUGAGGGUGACCUUCAGGAAAUCCUGAAGCAGCUUAUAGCUCGUAAUGAGGAAGAAGAGAGAAAGAAUGCGGAGCUCUGCAGUAAGAUCCAUGAAGAAAGAAUGAUUUGUCUGGAUGUCAAAGUGCAGAUCCGGAUGAUACAACAGAGACAACUGGAGAAUUCCUUAAGCAUACACGCUAUACUAGGAUAGACAACACAAAAUAACAACAUACCAGGAUAGACAACACAAAAUAACAACAUACAGGUCAUACCAGGAUAAAUACUGAAAAUACCACGUUAUAACAACAUCACAACAUUACAACAACACAACAUUACAACAACACAACAUUACAACAUUACAACAACACAACAUUACAACAACACAACAUUACAAUGUACCGGCCAUAUUAGGAGAAAAAAUUCAAGAUAUCAGAGGAUUCGAGAUAUUGAGGGUGAAAUACUUAAAGAAUAAUUGGAUGGGACUUCCGAUUCAGUUCCAUGGUAUUUGAGAUAACGAAUUUCCACUGUAUCAAAUACAACAGACAAUUCAAAGAGUAACAAGAACAACGUCUGAUGUUAUGUAUCUCCUAUUACACCAGUCCACAAGUUAUCUAAAUAUGUAUUUAUCUCGUAGUAGACAGUAUUUUUUCUUGAUUUGUUUACUCCUAAGUGAAUUUAAAAUUUGUAUCUAUGAACUGAUUACCAGUCGAAAUGGUAGCGGCCAAUUUCCUCUCUGUGCAGGAGAAAGUGUUAAACUUAAGGACAAAGCAGAGAAAGUGUUAAACUUAAGGACAAAGCAGAGAAAGUGUUAAACUUAAGGACAAAGCCUGUGCUCAUGUUCCUGUCACUUCACCAACGGUUUUAAGACCGUGAUUUAAACUUGUAUCUAUAUAUAGCGAUACUCAUGUUGUGCAAUAAAUCAUUAUUGUAUUGAAUCACA